AUGAAUUACACCGAUUGUUUACCAGGGACAUUUGAAAAUAAUGUGCACUUAAGCGAUGAUCAUAUCCACCCGUCCACCCUCCGAGCCAUUCGCGCACGCAAAAGCAACCGUGAAACACAACCAUACAAACAGAACAUAUGCACACGUUUUGUCUCACCAAACUCAUCGACCUGUCACUGUGAAAUACCUGUUGUUCGGUUCUCUCAUUCAGAACUGAAACACGCUAAUGAGAUUCAGCAAGUGACCGAGGGUUUGGAAUUGGACGAAUUGGAGGGACAAUUUAACCUUGCUCACACACUAUGUAAAAAACAACACGUACCUAUUGUUUAUCUCCACAAACCAUUUGAUCCCGUAAACCAGACUAGUCACAAUAUGCAGGCUAAAGAAAUGGAAGACGUUCUCCAAUUCAAAGAAGGCCUCACAGAAUUCGCUACAGAUGUUUAUGAAAAAAUUAUCAAAUUGCAAGCCGGUAAGACAAUGAUGCAUUUCCGACUAACAAACUUGUUCACACACGUUGCAGAAACUUUAGCGAACUCUGUAGUUUCACCCAUGAGUAUUUAUUGUGUCUCGUUGUUGGUGAUGGCCGGAGCCGACGGAGAAACACUGCAAAAGAUGCAGCAGGUGCCUCAUAUUCCUCCGAAAAUCAGAUCGGAUGCUGUUCAUCAGUCAUGUGGACCAAUAAUUUCGAAGUAUUUCGAGGCGUCCAGUGACGUGGACUUGAACCUUGCUAAUCGGUUAUUUCUUCUCAGUUCGAUCGAUAUUCGACCGGAAUACAGUGCUCUAGUUGCCAAGUGUUACAAGGCCUUAGUUGAGCUGGCAAUCAUUUUCCCUUAA